AUGUCUCCUGCUCCCGAGAAAUCUCGACAUGGCAAUGGCGACGAAGGUUUCAAAUCUAGGGUUACUGUCGUCGGUAGUGGUAAUUGGGGAAGUGUCGCUGCUAAACUCAUUGCUUCUAAUGCCCUCAAGCUUCCUUCUUUCCAUGAUGAAGUGAGGAUGUGGGUGUUUGAGGAGGUUCUACCAAAUGGUGAGAAGCUCACUGAUGUAAUCAACAAGACCAAUGAAAAUGUCAAGUACCUUCCUGGUAUCAAGCUAGGAAGAAACGUUGUUGCAGAUCCUGACCUUGAAAAUGCAGUGAAAGAAGCAAACAUGUUGGUUUUUGUCACGCCGCAUCAGUUCAUGGAUGGUAUAUGCAAGAAACUAAGUGGAGAGAUAACAGGAGAAGUUGAGGCUAUCUCUCUUGUGAAAGGAAUGGAAGUGAAGAAGGAAGGUCCGUGUAUGAUCUCUAGUCUCAUCUCCAAGCAACUUGGUAUCAACUGUUGUGUUCUUAUGGGCGCAAACAUCGCCAACGAGAUUGCUAUGGAGAAGUUUAGUGAAGCAACGGUUGGGUAUAGAGAGAGUAGAGAGAUAGCUGAGACAUGGGUUCAGCUGUUUAGUACUCCUUAUUUUAUGGUCACAGCGGUACAUGAUGUGGAAGGAGUAGAGUUGUGUGGGACGUUGAAGAAUGUAGUGGCUAUAGCAGCUGGUUUUGUGGACGGUUUGGAAAUGGGGAAUAACACAAAGGCUGCAAUUAUGAGGAUUGGUUUAAGAGAGAUGAGAGCACUCUCGAAGCUUAUGUUUCCAUCUGUUAAAGACAGUACUUUCUUCGAGAGCUGUGGUGUAGCAGAUGUCAUCACAACUUGCUUAGGUGGAAGAAACCGGAGAGUUGCAGAAGCAUUUGCUCAAAGCGGAGGGAAAAGGUCUUUUGAUGAGCUUGAAGCAGAGAUGCUACAAGGGCAGAAGCUACAGGGGGUUUCGACGGCAAGAGAGGUCUACGAGGUCCUUAACUACUGUGGAUGGCUGGAGAUGUUUCCGCUGUUUGCAACGGUUCACCAAAUCUGCAUAGGUCGUCUUAAACCUGAAGCUAUUGUUCAUUACCGCGAGCACAAAGCCUGA